AGAAAAUGAGAAUGAUAGCACAUUGUGUUCUCAGUUCUCAGCUCGUGCAGCAAGCAACAGUUUUUGUUCCAUCCUUCAGGUUUAUAAAGUUCUAACGACGGGAACAUGAUGGUGAACAUGGUCGAGCUGUAAACGAAUUGGGGACGGCGUCUUGUCUGUUUUCGCAAAUUUUAUUAGAUUUAGCACACAUUGAGUUUUUGCUUUUCUGUGUCAUCAUAACCCAAAGACAUUUAUACGGUGCCAUUACAUUUACACGAAAAGAAGUUUAGUUUUGAAAAAUACUUGUGCACUGCAGCUCUGGUAUUCACUCUUCUUUCGGAAUUUGGACCAUUUGAACACUUUUGGGAAUUGUGAACACAAAAAGCCACUUUGCUCUCAGUUACUUACACUACAGUUUGAAGAGGGGAAGGUUGCCGAUAAAAUUAAUUUCACAUAUAAAUAAUUGCAUUCUGUCUGUGCGUGAUUGAUGAUUGGCUUCCCCUGGAGCUGGACAGAUUUGAAAUUUCGAUUAAUUUUUGUUGACAAACACAUAAAUCCUUAGAUGAAUUUAAUUGUGAAUUUAAAUCCGUUAUUAAUAAUACGAUUUAUUAGCCAUUGCAGUGUAUCAUAUGACGUAAAAAAAUUGUAUCUACUUUGCAACAAGUAAGUAGUUUCUUGCUGUUAGUGUGAUUACUUAGCACUGCAUAAAAUAUUACCAUAUUGUAGAACCCCAAUAAAUGCUACAUAAUUCAUAGUCCCCGUUAACUUCAUUGGUGGUUGUCGUUUGUGGUUUGUCAAAUGGAUAUAAGGAUGCUGGCUUCAUUACAAAACAGUUCAUAGAGUCAGCCAGUUCUCAGUCAUAAGCCAAAAAAUUACUUGGAACCGAAUGGAUUAAAUCCAUGUUUUUAAGGUUACUUACUUUAUAUAAAAACUAAAUUUUUUGCAAGUGUGGUAUGAACGUAUUUUCUGCCCAAAGGAACAUCGGAGGAAACAAAUAAAUACGAGAGCAACUUAGAGUCUCGCUGUUAUCAGUGUUUAAGGAUGAGCUAGAAAGUGGAUUAUUAAACAUUGAAUGCAUGUGUGUGAUAGUACGUAAAUUGGAUUGUAUUCGGUGUUUGUGCGUGUGUGGUGUGGAAAUAGAAUUGAGAGAGAGAAAGGGAAGACACGGGUCUUCUCUUCUGAUGGUACUUUGGUCGGGCAGCGUCAAUAAUGGAGUGUUCUCUAUGUUGAAGGAAAAUGGGAGAAGGAAAGCAGGAGAAGUAAAUAAGGAGGAGAAGACGACAGCGAGCGAGGUGGAAUGGAGGUGAGGUGAAUGUCGGAGCUGGUGAGGAAGUCACAAUACAAAUACAAUCACAUCACCAUCACCGACCAAGUCAGCCAAUGUGAGUCGAGAGAGAGGAAGUGAAAGUGAAAUACAAGAGGACACAAUGGACUUUGGUUGCAGAGGGAAAUGAAGGAAAUGGAAGAAGAAGGAGAGGUUGUUGGUUUGUUUGAGAAAAAAGUGCAGAUGUGGAUCCCCUGAGAAAUAGAUGAACAUGAGAUUAGCAUGUACACGGAAUCCGAAAUCGAUGCAAAAGCCAGUGCUUAUAAUAAUCGUGCCUGAGAUCUGCAUCCUUCUCCGUGUUAUUGCAAAACUAUUCUCUUCUCUUGGAUCUGACACAGUCAAUAAAAGUCAGAGAUGAAUUGUUCCCUGCUUCCUCAGCCUGAUGGCUAGCGGAUCAUUUCUUCCAUACUUCUUCUCCUCCUCGGGCGACGACCUUUCAUUUUCAACGGAGAAAUAAGCAACCUCCAACUUUAGCAAUCACUAGAAAUUGCAACAAUUGACCGAGCAUAUGGCCUCCGGCCAGGGAUCAAGUUUAGAUGGGGCUUCUCCAGCCGAAGAAGAAUCGUCAUCCAGGCCACCACCUAGCGAAAAGUCGGACACGGAGGUGGAUGAAGAAGAGGCUACGACAACGGUAUACUUUCUCGUAGGCGAUCGGCAUAAAGCUGCCAUUGUGCCAAAAAACUCGUCGUCUGAUGAUAUUAAAGAUAUGUUCCGAUCUGCUUCCGAGGCUGGAACCUGCGAUAUAGUCAAAUUGUACACUCCAGAGGGUCGUCUCAUUAAUAUCACACCCAACAUUCCACCCAACGAGCCCACUAACCCGUAUCGACUCGAGGUCGUCGCUGUCCACUAUAAUGCAAUCCUAAUGGAACAGGUUGGAAUCGACUUACUCUCUUUUGAAGCAAGGGUAUCGACAUUAGAAAGAAUUUUCAAACAGCAAACCUCUCCACUUGAGAGCAUUCAUGGCUUAAAGGAUGAAGUGAACCAAUUGCGCCACUUGAUUCAAAAUUAUGAACAUUUGAGUUGGUUGGGUUUCUACAAAGCUCUGCACCCUCCAGCUCUGCCCCCUCCUUCAGAGACUCCGGUUCGUUCCUUUGGUGGCCACGGCUAUCACAGGAAAAGCAAGGCAGAGAAACAAGUGAUUUGUGACAAAUUUCUUAAACUUAGUGACGUGGUGUUGACAAAAGAGACCUGCCAAUUGCUGAGAGAGCCGACCUUUGAUAAUUGGCAGUGGGAUGACGAGGAGAUGUUGGUGCUGUUGCAACAAAUGUAUUUGGAUCUAGAGCUUCCGAAAAAAUUCGAUAUUGAGAUUAGUAUUCUAAGAAAUUUCCUUGUGCAUGUGUACCACCAUUACAAUGAUGUUCCCUUCCACAACUUUAGACAUUGCUUCAUGGUGACCCAAAUGAUGUUCGGUAUGGCUUGCUAUGUAAAUCUGCCAGAAAAAAUUGGAGACUUGGAGACGCUAAUUCUCAUCACAUCCUGCAUAUGCCAUGACUUGGACCAUCCCGGAUAUAACAACAUUUAUCAAAUCAACGCGCAGACAGAAUUGGCAUUGAGGUACAAUGAUAUCUCUCCACUUGAGAACCACCAUUGUUCUAUUGCCUUUCGUCUUUUUGAAGACCCGAAUUGCAACAUUUUCCGAAAUCUUCCUCCCGAGUCUUACAAAAGAAUUCGAGAAGGAAUGAUUCGAUGCAUACUUGCGACCGACAUGGCCCGACAUAACGAAAUUGUCAACCAGUUUAGAGAAAUUGUUCCAUAUUUUGACAGGAACAAUAAAACUCAUGUAAAUUUGUUGACGAUGGUCCUCAUUAAGGUUGCUGACAUUUCUAAUGAAGCUCGUCCAAUGGACAUCGCGGAACCUUGGCUUGAUUGUCUUUUUGCCGAAUUUUUUCAACAAAGCGAUACAGAGAAGUUGGAGGGCCUUCCUGUGACACCUUUUAUGGAUCGUGAGAAGGUGACGAAACCUUCAUCUCAAUGCUCCUUCAUUUCGCUGGUACUCCUACCCUUGUUCGAGGCUUUGGCGUCACUAUAUCCAGAGUUGGAGCCAAUAAUCAUUCAGCCGGUGAAGGAUGCGCUAGAUUACUACCGCCGCCUGAAUGAAGCCUCCCAGCAAGCUCGACAUCGCAAGAGUACAACAGACCAGGCCAGCGUAUUCCAUGCCACUACCUCUGGGGGAGGAAUCCCUGCUACCACCUCGACUAGCACCUCAUCUCACGCUUUAGCCAAUGUUUGUGAUAAAGUUCCAUCCGAGUCGGGAUCCACUUCAAAAAACAAGGACAGGGCUCUCAGUAUUACAGCGGUUAGCACCGAUCUCCUCGUGGGUGGCACAGACGAGCUUCCGCCAAUCUCCCCUCCCCCAGCUCCCAUGCAGAGCCGUCACUCCAAUCCCAUGUCCUACCGUCGCGCUUCUCAGCUGUUGAUGCUCAAAGCGUCCGGAAGUAGCACGAGUCUCAAGUCCGGCCAAGCGCAGAGGUCAGCCUCGUCCAACUUUCAAUCUUUCCCAUCCCUAGAUUCAGAUACGGAGCGAGAAGGAGGAGAUGAGAGUGACCAAGACGAGGAGGCAAUCACAGAAGUCGCUGUCAGUGAAAAAGCGUUGAAAUUUAAAAUAGCAACGGAGCCAUCGUUCGACUUUUCCACGAGUAGGAAAGGCAGCAGGGAGAAUAAGAGUGAAUCGUCUAUUCAUUCCAAUCAGGCUGCAAAGGAUGACAGGAUUUCAUACGACACUUCAAUUGCUUCAGAAGUUCCCAAGGUGGACAUUAUUCCCAAAGUUGCAGUUUCAGGGUUUGGGUCACCUGCCAAAGAGGGCAGCAGCACUUCCGAGGUCCCAUCAUCUACCAAAUCCAAGGCUGCAAAGGACUCCUUCUUUAAACGACUAAAGUUGUUUACCGAACGACUCAGCAUUUCCGUUGAGUCGGCGAGCGGUGGGAGUGCGGCCGGCAGUGGGGGCGAGAGCCCGUCCUCCUCCUCCUACAAAGCUCAGUCGAAGGGGUUUCAUUACUUUCGAAGUCCGGCGAAAAAGGAGCGAGCAAAGCGGCAAGAAACUUUGGGUAUCGAUGCUUGUUCAUCCGACAGCAAGGCAGUGGGAUCACGACGCCAUGGAAAGCAUCGCGGGUCCAACAGUGAUCCUGAAAGCAGUCAGUCUCCCUCGAACUUUGUCAGGCGACUCCAUCACCCGGAAGUGGUCCAAAGCGAGGGGGAAAGAGACGACAGUCAGGUGGCCUCUCCCGAUUACUCACCUGCUCUCUCCGUGGCUAGCGGCAGUGAGAACAAGGCGUAUUGGAAACCCUGCAGUGGGAGUUUGGACAGCAUUUUGUCCAAGGACGAGGUCAAGCGUUCCCCUGCGAGAAGACUGAUGCUACCGCGAUUUUCUUCCUUUGUUCAACGGAAAACUCGCAUGGGCUUCAUGUCAAGAUCUUCCUCAAGGAAACCGGAUAAUAAUCAGAGCUGAAAAAGUUGUUAUCUGCUAUACUGAUUUUUAGAUGAAAUUUACUCAAUUUAUUGUCUCUGCUUAAGUAUCAGGGCCUGUGUAAUUAAUCAUUCUCGUAUAAUUUGUCGUGUGGCUAGACGUAUCUUUCCACACGACAAAGUCUGUCAUUAUCAGUAAAUCCAGGCUUCUUCAUGCGGAAUUUUAACUGAAUUUACUGUCUCCACUAUCUAUACUCAUUAUUGUGCAUAAUAAUGACUAGCUGUGUUGUUCGUAAAAACUGGUAAUACAAAAAAAUCAAUAUACUCAAAAUAACCAAUUAAUGGUUGGUUGGUUAUCAUCAUCAUUAUAAGUGUUCAUUUGUUGAUGGCUUUUAUCCCUUGUUCAUUAUAUUUAAAUGUAGGAUGUAUGAAAUUAUAGUAGCAGUGGGUGUACAUAAGAUAAUUAAGUCCAUGAAUCCAGUUUUAUUUGGCAGAUUUUAAUUUUUUGCGUAAAUGGUUGAACUCCCAUCUGCAAUGUAGAUUAUUAAAUGUCGUAGUAAUUAAGCGUAUGUACUCUGCAAGUAAUUAUUAAGUUUAGCUUACUUAUUAUCUCGCACUACGUAAUUACGUAGAUGGUUUAAAUUAAAGUAAGCGACGAGAUACAAUACUGUCAUGAUUUACCUCGUGUAUAACUUUAUAGGCAAAAUACCUUUAUUUAUGUCAACCUUGUAGUCAUUUCAGAUCUGGCUGUCCAGGAGUACUUCGUUCUGCACAGGACCAUUCAUUCUUUAGAAUUCAUUCACACAUGUACAUAUGGCAGUGUGCACUGUGUUAUACUAAACGUGAUUUGUCUUAAUUUGUAACAAUUUUAAGGAUAAUGUUCACAUCAGAUGCGAAAUGGUUCGUUUCGAUGAAGUGGAGGACAAGACGGAAAUUUGGAAAUAAUUGUCCCUCUCAAAGUCACAACACACAGCUACAAAGAAAGAUAUUUAUUUUAUGAAUUUGUUUCGUUGUUUUUCAUGAAUCAAAAUUAGUCGACUGGUGCGACUCUAAUUUGGGAAUGCAUGAAAACUCGUAUAAAUGGGCAAGGAACCUUCCCAAUAAUAUUUUGUAUGCGUCUAAUAUUUAUUCUUGUCAUUGAUGUUCAAAUCCUCAUCGCUGGCUGUUGAGACUUUUGUUAUCAUCUUUGAUACACAUACCAAACAAACAUAUUUAUUUAAACAUAUUUAUUUUAGUAGAUGUCAAAAGUCUAACAAAUAGAAUACUAAACGAAAAACAACAAAUUUUAAUAAAAUUCACAACCAGGAACAUGUUUUUAUCAAAAGGGUAAAAAUGGUCAUUGGGUCGUGUCGAGAUUGUUAAAUUAGUUUUUACUGUAAGUAAAACAUGUACUUUUGUAAUACUUGUAAAAGUAGUACAACUAACUCACUUGUCAGAGAAGUGUGUGCAUAUCACGGAUACUUUUUAACAACAGACUAAUUAUCACACAUGCAGAUACAAAAUCAUUAACAAAAUUUUAGCUAGGUACAUAAAUGUUUAAAAACAGUAAUAAAUACUAAUGAACACAAAUAUAUAUGUAUGCAUGUAAAUGUGUAAUAUUCGUCAUGAUGGAACAUUUAUUCGUGUGAUCCAAUCCUUGUCAACUUAUUAUAAAUAUAAUUCUACAAUUAAUGCAUGACAAUCACGUCAUAUCACCUUGUUAUUGUUGUACUGCUGUUCAGUCCUCUGUCAUUUUGACAAGACGGUAAAAAUGUCCUUGAUCUGUGACCAAAUUCAAAAUAAAACCCUAAUCAUCAAGACUUAAAUUGGAAUGAAUUUUACCGUGUACCGUGUACAUUGACAACACAGAAAUUAUAAAUUGGUGUUGGAAUUGUACGUUAAUGGUGGUUAUAAAACUAUGUAAGUGAAAUGUGUGUAGAGCUGCUGGAGCUAUUAAGUUUAGCUCCUUUCAAUAAAAUUGUGUCGAAAAUA